UGACAGUGAUGGGAUGAGGUAGCGCACGUUGUCUCUUGGUGUUUUUGGAUUUGGCUGAACGGUAACCGAUGCGGACUAAAGCUCGCUUGGACGAUCCACAGGAUGUCUUGAAAAGAGCGUCUGAUACCGAGCAGGAUGCAGCGGUGAAACUUGACCAGGAGCGGGCUGAGAUAGUCGCCAAAUAUGACAAGGGAAAAGAGGCCACCGUGGAGCCCUGGGAGGACACCAACUUCCACCUGUACAAAGUUGUCGACCGCUUUGGCUUCGUCCAUGAGAAUGAACUUCCAUUCUAUGACUUGGUGGAGGAGAAGCAAAAACACACGGAGGUGGAGAGGACCACCAAAUGGCUGAAGAUGCUGAAGAACUGGGAUAAAUACAAGAACAGUGAAAAGCUGGUCAGGAGGAUCUACAAAGGAAUCCCCCUGCAGCUCCGAGGGGAGGUGUGGUGCCUGCUGCUCGAUAUUCCCAAAAUAAAGGAGGAGAAGAAGGACUUCUAUGAGAAACUGAAGGCCAGAGCCAGAGGGCUGUCGCCUGACAUCCGACAGAUUGACCUGGAUGUGAACCGAACAUACAGGGACCACAUCAUGUUCAUGAAUCGCUACGAUGUCAAGCAGCAGGCGCUGUUCCACGUCCUCACAGCCUACUCCAUGUACAACACGGAGGUGGGCUAUUGCCAGGGCAUGAGUCAGAUCACAGCUCUGCUGCUGAUCUACAUGAACGAAGAGGACGCCUUCUGGGCUCUCGUCAAACUGCUGUCUGGACAGAAGCACGCCAUGCACGGGUUUUUUGUUCCCGGUUUCCCGAAGCUGAUGCGUUUCCAGGAGCACCACGACCGCAUCCUCAAGAAGAUGAUGCCCAAACUGAAACAGCACCUGGACAACCAAGAAGUGUUCACCAGUCUCUACACCAUGAAGUGGUUCUUUCAGUGCUUUCUGGACAGAACUCCCUUCACGCUGACCCUCAGGAUCUGGGACAUCUACAUCUUGGAGGGUGAAAGAGUGCUACCUGCCAUGUCCUACACUCUCCUCAAACUGCACAAGAAGCACAUGAUGAAGCUGUCCAUGGAGGAGCUGGUGGAGUUUCUGCAGGUGACUUUGUCCAAAAAUUUCUUCUACGAGGACGACAUUGUGAUCGAGCAGCUGCAGGCAUCCAUGACGGAGCUCAGGAGGGCAAAGCUGGAGCUCCCCGCACCAGGUAAAGAGGACGAGCAUCCCAAGAAGCCUCUAGGGCAGCUUCCUCCUGAGAUAGGCAUAGGGAACCAUGUGGCCAAUGGUCAAAGCCACGCAGAGCCAGCUGAGUCCCCCAGGGAGCCAAGUCCUGUACCAGACCACCAGCGGGACAGUCGGCCUCCAAGCCAAGCCCGCCGGGAUUCACUGGACAAACGGAUCCGCCAGCACAAGGGGGACAAAAGGGAAGCUGGUUCCAGGGGGUCGGGUGAGAUCCCCAAUGAGCAGCAAAAGCAGUCCACCUCCACCACACCGGAGAGGGGAGCGAUGCCCCUGCCAGCCCCCACCCCAGUACCACAGAUGACCACCGUAGAUGGAGGAAAGGCUCACGCCACCGCCAACCACAAUUCCAACGCCGCCUCGAGCUCCCGUAGAGACAUCGCUGGGCCCCGCUGGGUCAAACCCUCAGAGACAAAGCUAGAAGCUUUGCGGGAGAUUCAGAUGAGCCGAGGGGCAUCGCCGGCACCUUCCAGUCCAGAUGACACCACUCUGCCCCACCGCCGGCCACGCUCCAGGGGCUUCCUCCCCGGUGCCGACCGAGGUUCCAACGCCUCUCAGUACGACAACGUACCAGGGCUGCCAGAGCAGGACUUUGAGAUACUGGAGUUGGAGAAGCCACCAUCCAGAAGGCCCCCUCGCAAUGAGAUACCCUACAAUAUGUCAACCCCGCAUCAGGGCAGCCCGAGCCAUGGAUCCAGCCUGGCCGGAAGUGUCAUCUCCAUGGCACCCGGACCGAGAAUGCCCAGACACCCUCUUCCUCCUCACUUUUCCCACAACAGUCCAGCAACUAUUCCAGCUGGCUACCCUGGUACCCAGAACCAUUUCCACACACCACCUCAGCAGCACUCUCCAGGCAGGACUACCACUGAGGUCCCCAUUCCCCACCCUGCCUACAGUGUGACCAUGGACCACAGAGGAGACAACAGACUCUAUGCUCCGCCCUCCCGACAUCCUACACCCUCCAGUGCGUUGUAUGGAGAACGAGCAUAUGCCACCACCCAGCGGCAAUCCAACAGCUUUUCCCCAGAUAAGACUCUCGUGAAUAACACUUUCGCCACCUACCGCAGGCAGCCGACACAUAGCUCUGGCCGCAACCCUCGAAACCCCAGGCCUCCCCCGGAGCUGGAAACCCAGGGAAGGUCGACCCCCAUCUAUUUGCAACAGCUCACCUCCACAGCACAGGUCUACGCCCCAAUGGACUACAGGUUUGAGGGGCACCAGCAAGGGGAGCCGAACCAGCACUACCAGCCAGAAGGUGGGCCUCAGCGGGCUGUAGAUGGACUCCAGUGGGAACCGGUGGAAGAGUUACCCCCUAAAUCCCCAGGUGGGAUGCCCCGUUCACCCAGCUUCCAGCAGGCACAGAUGUCUCCCCUUUCUGAGUUCACCUUCCCCAACAACCCAGACGCCCUGCGUCACUACCGAACACAACUCCAGGAGCAGCAGAAACAGCCUAUGAUACGGCAACAGCUCCCCCAGUUGUUUGGAGGACCACACUACAGGCACGCACAGGAGGCAUUUGCCAUGCAGGAGUCCAUGCUGCUGUGACAGGGAGAGAUGACAAGACAUUGUAAAAAAUAAAUAAGUAAAAAUGAAAAACUGAGGUGUAGUCACCAACACUGUGGUUAAAAACAAGCAGUAGUCCUAGCUUUGUUAGGAACCGGGUUUUGUUUCUGCUCUGUUGUCAUUAAUGUGUGACGUACUGACUGACUGUCACACUGCAUCGUAACCUUGCAGAACCCACCAGCCGCUCAUGUUUUUACUGAUCACUUUAAAAAGAUAUAAAAAAAAAAACUGACUGAAGAUUUAAUUUUAUUUUUGGAUGUAAAUCAUUAAUGAGGUGACAGUAUAUAAAUAUAUCUUUUAGAGUCUGAUAUGUACAGAAGAUAUUUUGUUUGUUUUUAGAGUUAUUGUAGCAGUGGAGUUUUCUCCUGAGAGCUGAUUUAUUUUCCAUCUAUUUUUUUAUAUCUUAAUUUCCAGAUAUUCACCGUAGAGAUCAAUUAACUCUUUAUGCUUGUGAAUGUUAUUUUUAAAAAGAAAUUAUACUAUGACCAAUGGCAGAAUUAGAGGACAGUGUUGAAUGGCUUACUGUACGUUUUGAUUUCCAUUUGAAUUUUUUAACCAGCUCCACUGCAGGUUUUGUUAUGAAAUUUUAGCAAGUUUUUCUUCAGUUUUUGUCUGUUUUCAGUAAUAAUUUGUAUUUGCAUUACUUGAGGCCAGUCUUGUUUUUUGGUUAAUUCCAUCCCAGACUAAGAUUCAACAUAUAGACAGCUAAUUUUUGAGGGCUAAUAUAUACAUUUUUUUUAUUUCAUACCUUUAAGUCAUCUUAAUUGCUAUGUAACCGUUGGUAACAUGUUUUUUUUUGUUUUUUUGUUUUUCUUUUAUUGUUGUGACAUAGUUACCACAUCUCAAGUACAUGCAGCCGAGAUGGUUUUAAACUAUUUUCAUACAAGUUUGCUUUACUUCAUUUUGUCUUAUUACACUCAACACUGUCAUAUCAACUACUGUUCAGCAGCUGGCACUUCCACUAGCUACAGUCACGCGCGUGCACACACACACACACACACACACACACACACACACACACACGUCACAAAUGUGUGAGUCGCACAUUUCACCCAACUACUUUUCAUACACUGAUUUUGAUGCAGUUACUCUCAAACAGUAUUGAAGUACUGUUCCUUACAUUCCCGCAGUCAUCUUUGUUUUGUUUUUUGUUAAAUAACCAACUGCAGUCCAUUCUGAUACUUUGCUUAAUAAAUUGAGGUGGGAUGAAAAUUAA